AUGGCCGACCUCGAAAGAUCUGCUAAGCCUGUUUCCCAGUGGACCAAUAACAUGCUCCUGGCUUUCAACAUUCGGGUAGAAGACGCUGGGGUUGAGGCGUUUUUCAAUAUCCCUCAGCUCCCCCCACCAACGGUCUCCUCAGCAAUUUUGGAUAAUCUUGACGAGCCACCUGGGCUUUCGUACGAGGACCAUGUAUUCUUUAAUUAUAAAGGCAUGGCAGAACGCCUACGCUCCUGCAUCGAAUUUACUCUGUUCCUUUUGGGUCUCUUACACUAUGACAGCGGAUAUCGCCUGCUCAGUGUCUGGGCAAAGCUUUCCUUGCCCAUGGCUGGUCGCCGCAUCAAUGCGGACAUCGAUCUGUUCGUGAUGAAUGAGCUCGGCGAGUAUAUCUUGAUCUUUCACGAGGACAAGCACUCAAGCCAAGAUCCCGAAGCACAAGUCAUCGCGAAGGCAAUCGCCGCGUUCGACUGCAAUAAUAAUAAACGCGUGAAAUCAGGUUUGCAACGCCUGCCGGACAAGGACAUUUGUGCUAUCGUUAUGAAACGCACUGCAAUCACCUUUUAUCGCGUUCAUGUUACGACAGCACUUGUUGAUGCCGUCGCCGCUUUAACCUAUCCACAGGGAGAAACAACGGUCCUGAGGUUUGUACCACCUGUCCCGAACCAGGAACUGUAUGGUACAGAAGGAAUGCAUCCGCUGGCCAAUCGACUUUCUGUUUUCCAGUGUCUUGAAGCUUCAAGGCAGUUAUACUAG